AAAGAAGAAGAUGUUGAUAAAGUUGAGAAUAAAGUAUCUUGUAAAGACCCGAAGCCUGAUGCAAAUUGUGAGACAAGUUUACUCGAAUGGUUCUGGGAUAAUGCGGAUUGUAAUGAUUUUGUGAAAGAGGUAGAGAAUACGAAGGAAAGGGCAGUUAAAGCAAGUGAUGAAAAGGAGAGUGGUGAAAACAAGAAGAAAGAGGAUGUGAGUGGAUUGUAUAGUAUCGGACAUUGUGGUGAUGAAAAGAAGGAAAUUAAAAGGGACGAAAAUAAGAUACUCACCUGCUACCAAAACACCAGUAAUAUGGACAAGGACGAAAAGCAAAUGCUUGAGCAGAAUUCGGAGUAUGUUGAGGGUGGAGAAUCGCUGGUAGAACCUAAAGUAGAAGAUGAAAAUAGAUUAGUAUUCGACCGGGAAAAAUUGAUUAAGAGCAGAGAUACAAUAUCCGACGUAUAUUGUGAUGAAGAUGGAGCCAAGAUGCGAGUUGUUGAACGAAUAUAUAGUGGUGAUUGUGAAGAGGGAAUUGGUAAUGAAAGGCCGAGUGGAGAAAAUAAUGUGAGUAAUGUAAUUAUGAGAGGAAAGAUAGUUUAUUAUUAUGUUCGAUCAGUUGAAAUAAGAAAAGCGGAAGUUAAUGAACAUGACAUACCUGAAGUUGGAGUCAAAAAUGAUGAAGUUGAAGUCGAAAACGAUGAAAAUGGGGAUAAAGCUCCCGAUGGUAAAGCAAAAAUUGUUAGGAUUGAACUAGGAAAU